GCUUUCAAGUUAAACGGUCCGCAGACGAUAAUGACACAGCGGUCCGCCAUUUUGAACGUCACGAAAUGGAUGACCAGAACCUACCGUUCUUUGGAGAAGACUUAUAUCAGUUUGUUAGGAAUGAAAUUCUCCAGACUUGUCAGCCACAGCAAGCACAGGAAAUGCCACAGCCUCAGGAAAGCCGGCAAAGGUUUUCGGCGCUGGACAGUAACGAGCUGGACAAACUCGAGCACGGCAGGGUUGAGAAGUGCACGGAAUGGUCAACAGUUUGGGGAGUGAAGCUGUUCAAAGCAUGGCUACAGGAACGAGACCAUGACACAGCAUGUGAGCAGCUACCACCUGAGGAGUUGGCAGGUCUACUGAGACAGUUCUAUGGCGAGGUGCGGAAAGAUGACGGUACCCCAUAUGCUAAGGCAUCUUAUGCAUGUUUGAGAGCAGCUAUUCACCGCCACCUAACAGGACCACCCUACCACUGCAAGUACAACAUUUUGAAAGAUAAGGAGUUCCAAGCAGCUAAUAAUCUGUACAUCGGAGUGCUUAAGCAACUGAAGAGAGAUGGCAAGGACACUUGCAAGAGUUAUCCACCCAUCCUGGCAAGCGAUCUAAGAAAGAUGUUUGAAACAAAGACUUUGAGUGUUGAUAACCUUCUAAUGAGAACAAAAGAACAAAAUCUGGGCUAUUUAGGUACCACUUGGUACCAGUUGGCUGUUUGUAGGGACAACUGUGUUGUAUGA